AUUGUUGUUACAUUGGAGAGAGUGGGUGAGAAAAAGGAGCAAAUGUGCGCGGCGGCAGUGAGGGAGGGAGGACAGCGAGUGCGCAAAUAGGCAGCCAGGCACAUCAGCAGCAGCGGCAGAGCAUCUUCCUGAUCCUGAUCUCUCGUGUCUUCAGCUGCCAAUCCUCUGUGCGUCUCUGACUGAGAUUUCACUGCCUGCUGAAGUGUCGAGAAGCCUCCGCCAACCAUCACCUCCCACCACACACUUUCUCUGGAGCUCGGUUAUUCUUAGCUCAUCUGCGAGAGACUGUCCUUCCGGUCCUUCUCUUAUUUAUCCCAGUUUCUUGAAUAUUUAAUGGAAAAUGGCGAUCUGCGCGCAGUCGUACGGUAUUUUCUGCCUCUUCUCAAUCCAAACUCUACUUAUCAUAUGCGUCUCCACGCCGACAGACGGGACCCACCUUUUCCCCCAGCACUACACAAUGAUUCAUUGGGCUGGACGCAUUGAGAAGGAGCUGGAAAAGGUUCUGCAGCACGUCACUGGAACUCAGCAGAUGAGAUCAAUUUAUAGUGAGAAGAAGAGCCAGUUUGAAAUCAAGAGAAACAACCCCAAGGACUUGGUGGAGAGAGUGGCACGGGACAUCUCCAAGCUGCUCAACAGUAAGAGGAAAGCCCUGGAGAAACUGGCCAGGGAGGCGGAGCAGCUUCAGAAGGAGCAUGUAUGGCAAGACGGUGUGACGGAGAAUUCCAUUUCAUACUACGAUUCCAAAGCGGAUUCAGACUAUGCGGAGGAUGGAGAAGAGGAGAACCCGCUGGAGAGCUCGCUGUCUUUGGAGCUGGAGUUUGUGGACGCUCCCAAUUUUAAAAACAAGGUCAACUACUCUUCCAGUGCGGUCCAGAUUCCUACAGAUAUAUACAAAGGCUCCCCAGUCAUCCUAAAUGAGUUAAAUUGGACACAGGCGCUGGAGAGGGUCUUCAUUGAAAACCGUCGGGACGACAGCUCUCUGCGCUGGCAGGUGUUUGGCAGUGCCACAGGAGUGACACGAUACUACCCAGCCACUCCAUGGAGGGCACCCAACAAGAUUGACCUGUACGACGUCCGCAGAAGGCCGUGGUAUAUCCAAGGUGCAUCGUCUCCAAAGGACAUGGUCAUCAUUGUGGAUGUGAGUGGAAGUGUCAGCGGACUCACUCUGAAGCUGAUGAAAACCUCCGUAGUGGAGAUGCUGGAGACACUAUCAGAUGACGACUAUGUGAAUGUGGCCAGGUUCAAUGAGAAGGCAGAUGCUGUUGUUCCAUGCUUCCGGACUUUGGUCCAAGCCAAUGUUCGUAACAAGAAGAUCUUCAAGGAGGCUGUCAUGCAUAUGCAAGCCAAAGGAACCACAGAUUACAAGUCUGGCUUCACAUUUGCCUUUGAACAGCUUCUCAAUGAGAGCAGUGCCCCGAGGGCCAACUGCAAUAAGAUGAUAAUGAUGUUUACAGAUGGUGGGGAGGAUCGUGCACAGGAAAUCUUUGAGAAGUACAACUGGCCCAACAAAACGGUUCGUGUGUUCACCUUCUCUGUUGGCCAGCAUAAUUAUGAUGUCACCCCUUUGCAGUGGAUAGCUUGUGCCAAUAAAGGUUACUACUUUGAAAUUCCAUCGAUUGGAGCCAUCAGAAUCAACACCCAGGAGUACCUGGAUGUCCUGGGUCGCCCCAUGGUGCUGGCUGGGCCUAGAGCCAAGCAGGUGCAGUGGACAAACGUCUACCAGGAUGCUCUGGGUUUGGGCCUCGUCAUCACUGGGACGAUGCCAGUCUUUAACCUGACUGCUGAUACUGUGAGCUCUCAGAACCAGCUCAUCCUCGGAGUCAUGGGAGUAGAUAUUGCAAUCAACGAAAUCAAAAAGAAGACUCCUACAUACAGACUUGGAGCCAAUGGCUACACCUUUGCCAUCGACCCAAAUGGUUACGUGCUGCUGCAUCCCAACCUGCGACCCAAAAUCAUUAACUUCAGGGAGCCCGUCACUCUGGACUUUCUGGACGCAGAGCUGGAAGACAGCAACAAGGAGGAGAUCCGUCGACUGAUGAUUGAUGGCAAAUCAGGGCAAAGGAAAAUCAAGACGCUCAUUAAGUCAGUUGAUGAGAGGUACAUCGACGAGGCCAUGCGGACGUACACAUGGACCCCUGUGGAGGGUACAGAUUACAGUCUAGGGUUGGUACUGCCCACAUAUAGUGAGAACCACAUCAAGGCCAACCUGAGUGACCAGAUCCUUCAGGUGCAGUUGCCAUACACCAAGGAUUUUGAAUCACUGCUGCCAAACAGUUUUGAGUCUGAAGGACAUGUAUUCAUUGCUCCCAGGGAGUACUGCAAUGAUCUGGAACUGUCCAACAAUAACACCGAGUUCCUGCUCAACUUCAUUGCUCUCAUGGAAAAGGUGACACCAGACUCCAAACAAUGUGAUAAUUUGCUCCUUCAUAACCUGAUUCUGGACACUGGCAUCAUCAGACAGCUGGUUGAGAAAGUGUGGAAGAAUAAAGACUUGAAUACUUAUGGCUUUCUGGCCGUGUUUGCUGCAACAGAUGGAGGUGUAACAAGAGUAUUUCCGAACAAGGCUUCAGAAACCUGGGAGGAAGACCCUGAGCCGUUUAAUGCCAGCUAUUACCGCCGCAGUCUGGACAACAAGGGCUACAUCUUCCGAGCGCCUUAUCGAACAGCCAGGGACGAGCUGCUGAACCCAGAGAACGACACCAUAGGGAUCCUGGUCAGCACGGCGGUGGAGAUCACAGUGGGAGGGAAGACCAUCAAACCUGCAGUGGUUGGAGUGAAACUAGACCUUGAAGCCUGGACAGAUAAGUUCAAGAUUCUUGCCAGCAACCAUACAGACAACCGACAAGGCUCAAAUACGUGUGGACAAAACGGGGGCUGUGAAAUGGACUGCGAAGCCAACAGUGAAGAUCUCCUGUGUUAUUUAAUAGAUGAUGGUGGAUUCCUAAUCAUGUCUAAUCAGAAAGAUGACUGGAACAAGGUGGGAAUGUUCUUCAGCGAUGUGGAUCCCUACUUGAUGUACGCCCUCUACAACAAUUCCUUCUACAACCGCAAGCAGUCAUUUGACUACCAGUCUGUGUGUGAACGGGUGCCCAACAGUGAAGCUGGAGCUGCACCCAGAGGAGUGUUUGUGCCCACAAUUGCAGAUUUUGUAAACCUAGCUUGGUGGACAUCAGCAGCUGCAUGGUCCUUGUUCCAACAGUUUAUAUAUGGACUGGCUUAUCACAGUUGGUUCGUCACAGAUGAGGUGGAUGCAGAAGGAUUCGACUUAAAAGAGCGGAGUUGUGUAAUGAUCCAGACCCAAUUCUACUUAAGUAAUCUCAGCAGCUCCUACAACAUACUGCAAGACUGUGGCAACUGCUCCAGGCUAUUUCAUGCCAAAAGGAUAAACAACACCAACUUGCUGUUUGUGGUGGCAGAGAAGAUCUCAUGCAACACCUGCGAGAUAGAGAAGCUGUCCCAGGAGGAGGAGGAAUUCAUUGAGGAAAAUCCAUGUGAAGAAAUUACUGUGGCACGCUAUCGAAAAGGACCCUCCACCUGCUUUGACAAUAACAUCUCUGAGAACACAUCAGACUGUGGACGAGGACACUCCUUCCGUCCGUCCCUCUACACCUUACUGCUCAUUCAGCUGCUUCUGCUUUAUCCGGCCAUCAGCCCCAACAUUCACUCUCUACUACAUUAAUUCCACUUUCCUCCACUUAUCCUCCUUUUAUCCCCUUCCAAGCUUCUUUCCCGACCCAAAACCCUCCGAUCCCACCUCCAUGCCCCUAAGCCCCUCCCCCUGAUAUAGUCAUAGGUAAUAAUGGGACUUCCCAUCACGGCAAGUUGGAAGCCCUGAGUGCCACGCUACCCAGCUCGCUUCUGUCUGUGUCGCUUAGUGACAACUGCCGGACAUUUGUGUCCUCAGCCAGUUAACCUUCAUCUGCAGGAAGAGUGGGUGGUGCCGGACCACCUGGAUCAUCAGAGGCAACGUCAGAAAAGAGAAAACAAACCCCCUCUCCCCCCACGACCACCCCGCCACCUCCACCAUGCAGAGAAGGGAGGGAAAAGAGUACAGGUCAAUGUCCUCGACACAGACCUCCUGCCUCACACAGACUGGAGAGUUGAGGUUGUCUGUCUGCCUUCGCCUCUGUCUGUCAGACAGACGGCGGGACUUCUCCUCCUCCUUCUCUCCUCCAUCUCUCUCCAGAGUCUCACCGCUCUGUCAUUCACCUCUCGUAAGAGGCUGUGGACCAUUCAGCCAGUUAUAGCCACCAUAAAGGAAAAUAAAACAGGAAAAAAAAGAACUGUCAAGUAUAGAAAAUGUCAAGUAUAAACUUGCUACUGCUGAAGUGAUGAGUAUUCCAAACAUACAGUAUAUUUAGGUUUUUAAUUUGAAAAGGAAGUCAUUAGGUGUUAACUUAAAAAGACAUGAAUUCAUUUAUGCACUAUAUCUACUUGCCAAAAUGAGAUAGACUUUCAUGUGGUCUUAUUUUUAUAGCCAAACCACGAAGAGGAAAUGGCCUCUGAUUUAGAAUUUAGGAAAAACCAUGAGAGGAAGAGGAGACACUCAGAAACUGAAAGCUGAUUCAUUUUGUGCAGUGCCUAAUUACAGAUUAAUGCUUUUAAAAGACGUCCACUGAGGAUUAUUGUAAUUACAUGAUGAUAAUCAAAUUUCUUGAAGUACUUUUCUCUUAUAUUCACUAUUUAAGGCUAGUGCUAUUUGGCUUACACACUAAUGACAGCUGUGAAAUAUGAAUCAGUGUUCGGUUACUGCAGAUUUUGAUGUUGUGUAGUAUUCUCCUUUAUGAACAAUCGACCAUUCUGACCUCUGGUUUGGACUGAUGUUAAAAAAGAAACCCCUGUGCUCUCUGAUAGCAAAAGCUCACCUCUGCCAAUCCUCAUGAGGCUUCUCCAGUAACCUCUCUACUAACGCUCCUAAUCACGAUUUGUAUAUGUGCUUUACUUCUGUUCACACAACAGACACACCAAGAUCUCUGCCUCAUGACAGUCAUAGUAGUUCCAGGUGGGUUUUUCCUUCUUUUUUAGGGGGGCAUGUAUUACCUUUGACUGAUGCUGUUCAAACUUCAAAACCAUUCGCUGCUGGGGGAUAGGGGCUUAUCAACAUUUCCAACAAAAGUGCAGAAGAGGCAACUAAAUAUGGUGAUCACGUACAGUAGUAGUCUGGUUGUAAUCUGUCACAGUUCAUCAUUUGAUCAUUGCGAUGUGUGAAAAGUCGUUUAGACUCCCAUGUUUAGGAGCCGCUCUGUUUCAUAGUGCCUUGAUGCACUUUGUUUUGGACCACAUCGGCUGUAUAAGAGUAGAGCUACUGUAUAGUACCUUUAUAAAGCAGCCAUCUUUGAGGCUUUGGAUAACACAGGAGCCUGUGAGACUGAAUCUGUUGGCUAUAGAAAUAGCUUUACACAGAGCCAAGGCACUGACUGGCUCUAGCUUAAUGUAUUUGCCCUCUCGGCUGCAGUUGCUGUACCACUCCAGAGCCACCUGACUGCCAUCGUAUGAAGUUACUAUACCGUUCCUUUACAAACCCAUGUAUAGAGCUAUGAUACACUAUCAGUAUACAGCGACUUAACUGGCCAUAGUGUGUUUUUAGGGCCACCUGACCGCUACAGUUCUGCCUGAAUCGUAUGUGUUUGUGUGUUGGAUGGUAUGUGUGUUAGUUUGCGUUUAAAAACCCAUAAAGGGAAUGUCUUUUAAAUGAGUUGUGGAGUGUCUGAGGACGACUGUUCCUAUGUUGCAAUGGACAAAAUCCAGUGUUGUAGAGAAAAAAAAGUGAUUUUACUGAAACAAAAAUAAUCCAUCUUUUAACCAUCAGUCUGCCUAAAUGUUAAUCAAAGAGAGCAGAUGUGCCCGAAAGAAUGUGUGGUUCAUCAGUGUUUUUCUGCUUCAAAUGCAACAUAGUUAACAAAGCCUCUCUAAAUGCCUUAGUGUUACACAGUGCGGCGCUCUCAUAUGUCUCCCCACUCCCCCACCCCCAUCUAAACUCACACACGCACAAACAGAUCCUCCAAAAUAUUCACUCCCCCUGGGUUUUCUGGGUUCUGCAGUGAGUGUAGUGAGCACUAAUUUGAGUAUUUUUACAUCUUGGAAUGAUUCGUUAUUGAUUGACACCUGUUCGAUUAAAAUGCUUGAAAGCAGGUGGGAGUUUAAAAUUUCAAAAGCCUCUGACCUUUCGACGCUCACACCCACCCAAACCUCACUGUCUUGCUCAGGUGGGAUGACUCGCACGACAACUUGAAUCUUAACUACACAGUCUGUACAGUUGUUGGUAAUAUUUGAUGUGACAAACAUGCCGGCACAGUAACUGCAGCACAGCCCCGAACAAAUCUGAAAUUUUUUAAUUUAAAGACGUGUAUUUCCAAUUCAGCUCCUUUCAGUGUUGAGUACUGGCCGGGUCAUCUGAUGCCGGGUGCAGUUUUACUUUUCUAGCAUUUGUUUAUCUCUGUCGUGUGCCAUUAAUUCUGUCUGUAUAUCCCUAUUUCCACUGUCUGUAAAUGAGCGCUACACGUGCCUGUGGAAAUGUACCCCCUGCAACUUCCUCUCUUUUCCUGGCUCUGUACGCAUACAGUCUCACACAUAAACUUAAAUAUGUAGGCCUACAGUUUGUGCACCUGCACCAAGACAUUAUGCACAACGUGCACGCACACACCUAUAAGCAAACAUGUAAUGACACUUAUUCAUGCCCAGCUGGGAGAUGUCAAGCACCAGGCAGAAGUAAGCCAAGGACGUCUCUUCCCAGGUGUUUUUUUUUUUUUUUUUUUUUUUUUUUUUUUUUUUUUGGUGAGCGGGUGGAAUGUCAGAGGCAAGCUCAGGGAGUGGGUCUCCACAGAGCAGCACGGCCUGUCAAACAGAAAGUCAUGGAGGAAUCAUGUGGUGACGUCUGUGUGUGCAUCCCGACAGAAAAAGUCUGCUAAAGGGACACACGUCUGAUUUCUGUGGUUUGACAAAUUUACUUUUGCCAAAAAAAAAAAAAAGAAAGAAAAAAUUGGACCAGCUUGGGGAUGAGAGGGAGGGGUCAGCUUUGGGACACGACCCUAAAAUAAGUAGGGGAUGGUUUUCAUAAAGCCUCUUGCCCCCUUCCCCCGACCCUCGCUGCAUCUGUGUUGGUGCGUCUCUGUGGGAAAGACAUGUGUGUAUGUGAUUCUGUAGUCUGUAGUCUGGUGCUCUGUGACCAUGUUUGACAAGUGUGUGAAAAAAAUAACAUUUAGAGAAAAAAAAAGAAGAAUAAAAUCAGUCAAAUUUUAAGUGAAGUUAAAAAAAAUAUAUAGGAAUACAGCACUGUUGAUAAGUUUGAGAUCUGAAGUCAAUGUUUUAAAUUUAUUUUUUGUUUGUUUUAUUUCUUGUACGUGUGUGAGUGUGAAUGUUGGUGUGUGUGGAAGAUUUAGCUCCUUCUUUUCUGGGCACUGGUCCAUGUCGCUCCAUUCUUUUGUACAGAUGAAGCUAAAAAAAAAGAAGAGGGCAAAAUUUGUAAAAUAUUGUGUCUGUGACUCCUUGUAAAAUAUUUUCAAAUUGUUUAUUACAGAGAAUCAGUUAUUAAAUAAUGUUCAUAUUUUUCACUUCA